CUUUUUUGUCACUUGCUCAACCCUCCUCCUUUUUCGUUGAUCCCAGUUUCGUCGUCCCGUUUGUUCUUCGUUUUCGUUUUCGCUGCGUUUCGUCCUGUCUCAUCAUGGAAUGGGACGACAAUCCGUUCGCAGUGGCGCUUCGGCCGCUGGAUCGCCGGCACCAACGCCGGUCGUACAACCGCCUUGCCACUGGCGACGACAGCGAGCACGACCAUCGAAACGCCGGCAAUGAUACUCAUGAUACUCAUGAUGAUGAUAACGACGACGACUAUGAGGUUGAUCUCAACGGAGAGGACGAGGACGAGCUCGUCUUUGGUGGCGACCCCCGCUCCAGCGCAACCCGCGGUGCAAGCAGAGCCAAUCCAUUCGCAAGUGGCCGCCACGACGACGCUGGCUCCAACGGGCGUGGGUACUGGCUGCCGUCGUCGAGGUGGACGCAGAACAUGCGCCGCUUGGUCGCAGUGCUCGGAAUUCUGGUCGUCGUGCUCAUCGCUGCUGUCGUUGGCGCGGUUUUGCUGCGUGAUAACGGCUCCUCCACGACAAACGACAAUAGCAGUAAUAACAAUGAGAGCAAGUCGUGGUCAUCGUCGUCGUCAUGGUCGUCGUCAUGGUCAUGGUCGUCCUCAUGGUCAAACCCGCGCUCAAGCACUCCGAGUUCUUCUCCGUUCCUACCGUCCGCGACCAGCUCGGCGACCCCUGGAAUACCGUCCAAUGGACAGUCGUCGGAAAGUGGCUCGAGUUCUACCACGGGAAGCUUGGGCUCGUCUAGCCAGUCGGCCGAUUUUGUAACUCGCACGACCGCUCCACCAAGCACUCAGCCGUCUCGGACCGAAACCGUUGCCAGCGAUGCCACCGAGUCGGCAACCACGCCUGUGACUGUGUGCGAGUUUUUAAAACUCGACCCGACUGGGCAAGACAGCUUGAAUGCCAUCUUUGAAAACACGGCCAUUCUCCAGUCGCCAAACGACCGCAAGGCAUACCGAAUGGUUCAGCUGCCCAAUGGCCUGGUAGCGCUGCUCGUGUCAGACCCCGCCACGCAUACUGCUGCAGCAGCUGUUGCGAUUGGCGCCGGCUCGUUUGACAAUCCACCAGAGCUGCCUGGUCUAGCCCACUUCUUGGAACACAUGCUGUUUCUUGGCACCGAAAAGUAUCCCAGCGAAGACGCUUACGAGCAGUACCUGGCGUUGUACCAUGGCGUGUUUAAUGCCUACACGGCAGAAGAGCGCACAGUGUACCACUUUGAGCUUGAUGCUCCUGCGCUGGAGGGUGCGCUGGACCGGUUUGCGCAGUUUUUCAUUGCCCCGCUGCUUCUGUCCACGUCAGAGGCGCGCGAGGUCUACGCAGUGAACAGCGAGCACAGCAAGAACAUGAACAAUGACGAAUGGCGUAUGGAUCGCGUCUCCAAACUUGCGGCCAACCCCAGCCAUCCGUUCGCCUGGUUUUCCACAGGCAGCGCUGCCACGCUGCAAGACCAACCUGCGGCCCUUGGGUUGAACACGACAGUCCAGCUCCGCCUGUUUUACAACACCUUCUACCACGCGGAAAACGCCCGCCUUGUUGUCCUCGGCAACAAUACGCUGGACGAGCUCGAAGGCUUGGCGCACACAUACUUUGAUCAAGUUCCGCGACGCAGUCAGCGUCCAGAUGUCGACCUCUCCAAGCCUCUGCAUGCCGCGCGACCAGCGCCGUUUCUUCCCGGUCAGCUUCCAGGCACCGUUUACCAAGUACCCGUGUCCGAGAUUCACCGUGCAGUCCUCUCAUGGCCCGUGCCGUCCAGCCUGGUCGAUGGCAAUCCUCGCAUCCAACCCGGGACUGCGUUUACCAAUCUUCUCGGCCACGAGUCUUCUGGCAGUGCCCUCUCCCUGCUGCGAGAGCGGGGUUGGGCGACGGGACUCAGCGCGUAUGUGAACUCGUACGCCGAUUUCGCGCUGCUGGCCAUCGAUAUUUCUCUGACUCCCGAAGGCGUGACUGCCAUCAACGAGGUUGUUGGGGUGGUCGCCGAAAUGCUCCGGCGUUCCAACCCGACAGAGAAUGCGUCCGAGUUUGAACGGCUGUUCCAAGAGACGAAGACGGCCGACAGUCAGUUGUUUGAGUACCAAUCCCAAAUUUCGCCCGCCACUCUGGCUGCGGGACUCUCUGCCAUCAUGCUGAAAGAGCUAUCUUCCGAGGAGCUUCUUGGUGCUCCGUCUCGCCAGUGCUUUGAUCCGACUGCCAUCGCAUCCUUGUACUCGUACUUGACAUGCGACAACAUGUUGCUGCAAGUGGUGAGCUCCUUGGUCGCCGACCAGGCGGAUCAAUCUGACGACAUUUACGUGGGAUUGCGCUACGGAUUUGGCUCGAAUAACUUUACAACCCUAUGCGAAACGCCGAACGAAAGCCUGUCGUUGCAUAUUCCCAGCGUCAACAUGUACAUUCCGGAAAGAAUGCAAAUUCCACUGCUUGCCAUCGACUUGGAUGCAAGCGAGCACCCUGUGGUUGCUCUCAACACAUCGUCGGCCAUCGGAUUUUUCAAGUCGGAUCCAGUGUUUCACAUUCCGUUCAUGUCUUUCAAUGCGCUCAUCCACUCUGAUGCUUUUUCGAGCAACGUCGCAUCGCAAGUGGCUUGCGUCUUGUUCACACGGUUGAUGUCGGACGCGUUUGCGUCAGAGGGCUACUAUGCGCAGCUCGCUGGCAUUUCUUUCUCCCUUGGCUGCGGAUUUGGUGCAACAGUUUCAGUCACUGCCUACGGCAACUCGGACAAGACACCGACGCUGAUGGAGCGCAUCGGCCAGUUGAUUCAAACCCAGCAACUCACUGAGGAACGCUUUGACAUUGUCAAGGCCCAGCUCGAACAGGAUUUGCGCAAUGCCGCCCUGUUCUCAGAUGCCUGGCGUCAGGGACGCAGCAUCCUCUCAGCUACCAUCGAGCGACCCGUCUAUCUGCCGCUUCGCCAGGCUGAGCAUUUAGCGGAACUUGAUUUUCCAACGUUCUCCUCGCUUGUUGACAAGUUUCGCGGGCUGGACGCUCGGGCCAAUCCACGACCCGCUCGUUUCACACAACUGCUGCUGCACGGAAAUGUAGAUCGAUCCACCGCACGACAGGGCUCGGAGGCGUUUGUGACGGCACUCAACGAGGGAGGUCUGGGCUUUGCUACGGGGACAACAACAUCCAACUUUAUUGCAAGUCUCCCUCAAGGCAUUCUGCUGCAUGAUCGGAGCAGCGAAGCUCCCGCGACGCUCGACACCCCCGUCCCAAACACGCAAAUCCCCUCCUAUGUGGCUGGCCUUGCGCAGACAAAUUCGGCCGACUCCAACUCUGCGGUUUUGGCCACAUUCCAGGCUGUUUGGGACGACCUUGACUUGUUGCCGUUCAAUCGAAGCAGCCCUAGCACAUCCUUCCUGGAUGAGCCCUUGUCCAGUCUGCAGUUCCCGCUGCCCAUGCAGCCGACAGAAGCCGUGUUGGCGGUCGCGGGGGGUCGGAGCGCUGGCGGCGAUUUCCCUGGAUUCACUCGUGCUCAUGUGCUUGAAGGCGUCAUGUCGCUCUUGGUUUCGUCGCUGGCUCAACCGGCGUUCGAUCGUUUGCGCACCAAGGAUGCUCUCGGGUACAUUGUGUCCACGUUCGCCACUGUGAAAACGUACUCGUCACAGGCCCUGUGCGUUCUCGUUCAAAGCGAUCGCACGCCAUGCGUUGUGCAGGAGCACAUUGAUGCCUUUUUGGAUGAUGUGCUGCCCCCACGAGUGCCUGCAAGCGCCUCGUCCACUGGGUCAGGCUCCGUCCCAGAAACAACCGGGGCGCCACAGGAGACUGUGGCACCUACUCUGGUUCCGACCAUCACCCACUCUGACAACACCGAAACUGACGCUACCGUGGAGCCCGAGGUCUUGCAGGCCGAGCAGAGGGCAGAACCGCAAACCGCGUUCAACUCGCUCGAAACAUUUGCGGCCGUUCAUUCGGCGUUGGUUCACGCUGUGGCCAAGCCUGAUUUGUCCUUGCGUGACGAGAGCGACCGUCUUUGGAAUGAGAUCACCAGGCGAACGUAUGACUUUGACCGCAAGCAGCGCGUGGUUUUGGCCUUGAACGGCGCACUGAGCGAGCCAGUCGUCCUGCAAACGUUUUUGCGCAACAUUCUCCGCAUGCGCAAGCUGUCGGUGCAAGUUUUUGGAGACUCUGCCGCCAUGCCCGCGUGCUAUGGCAAUCAAGGGAGCGAGGAUGUGGUUAUUGGCGAAGAGCUCAUCACCUCGCCUCCAUUGUCGCCCGCCUUUUCUGCCAACUUUUAUGGCGAGCGGAUGGUUGCGUAGUCUUGAUGGACUUUGUUUUUAUUUUUGAGUUGUGUAUUAUAGGAAUGAAUGAAGCAAAA